AUGGCAGCUAACGUACUGGAAGAAGACUCAAUGGAGCAGGACAUAGAGAGCCCUGUCACUAUUCAUCAGCCAAAGUUACCCAAACAAGCUAGAGAGGAUCUGCCAAAAAAUCUAAACAAAGAAUGUGCCAAGAGAAAAAUCCAGAGAUAUGUUAGGAAAGAUGGAAAAUGCAACGUCCACCACGGGAAUGUCAGAGAGACCUACCGUUACUUGACAGACAUCUUCACUACUUUAGUUGAUCUGAAGUGGAGGUUCAACUUGUUGAUUUUUGUCAUGGUUUACACAGUGACCUGGCUCUUCUUUGGAAUGAUCUGGUGGCUAAUUGCCUACAUGCGAGGAGAUAUGGAUCAUAUAGGGGACAGCACGUGGACUCCAUGCGUCAGCAACCUCAAUGGGUUUGUCUCAGCCUUUUUAUUCUCAAUCGAGACAGAAACUACCAUUGGGUAUGGUUACCGGGUCAUCACAGACAAGUGUCCCGAGGGAAUUGUUCUUCUUUUAAUUCAGUCUGUUUUAGGUUCUAUCGUCAACGCUUUCAUGGUUGGCUGUAUGUUUGUGAAAAUAUCCCAACCCAAGAAGAGGGCAGAAACCUUGGUUUUUUCUACAAAUGCAGUUAUUUCCAUGCGGGACGGAAAGCUAUGUCUGAUGUUCCGAGUAGGAGACCUUAGGAAUUCACACAUUGUAGAGGCAUCAAUACGAGCCAAGUUGAUCAAAUCCAAACAGACAAAGGAGGGGGAAUUUAUACCGCUCAACCAGACAGAUAUCAACGUAGGUUAUUACACAGGGGAUGAUCGUCUCUUUUUGGUUUCACCACUGAUCAUCAGCCAUGAAAUUAACCAGCAGAGUCCUUUCUGGGAGAUUUCCAAAGCCCAGUUGCCCAAAGAGGAGCUAGAAAUUGUUGUAAUCCUAGAAGGAAUGGUGGAGGCAACAGGAAUGACAUGCCAAGCUCGAAGUUCAUAUGUUACAAGUGAGAUCCUGUGGGGUUAUCGUUUCACCCCUGUCCUCACUCUGGAGGAUGGAUUUUAUGAAGUUGACUACAAUAGUUUUCAUGAAACAUAUGAGACCAACACCCCAGUUUACAGUGCCAAAGAGCUGGCAGAGAUGGCCAGCCGAGCAGAACUGCCCCUGACUUGGUCUGUUUCCAGCAAGCUGGACCAGCAUGCUGAGCUGGAAACUGAAGAGGAAGAGAAGAAUCAAGAAGACCAAAAUGAAAGAAAUGGUGAUGUGGCAAACCUAGAGAACGAGUCCAAAGUGUAG